CCGAAAGCAGUGGGUGCAUUUCUGCCGCAGGGAAGUGAAUACAAAAAACGGGCGAAUUUGUAGCGAACAUUUUCUUCCUGAAGACUUGGAGAAUCAAGUACAAUUCGAAAUGGGAUUUGCAAAAUAUUGGGUACUAAAACCCUGCGCCAUACCCACGACUACCGUGGAAGCCAAACCUCUUUCAACUGUAGCACGAAAUGAUCGGUUUAUACAACGAUCAAACAAAAAAGUAGUUGCGGAGCUACUAUUGGACCGGACCGUUGCUGCAGAAGAAAUUGAGGUUACCGAUACGGUAGAUGCGGUAGAAAGUGAGAAAGUGGAAGAUGCGCCCGAUACCGUGGAGUCUGCAACGUUUACGUGUGCCUCAGAGCAAAUUUUAAUUGAAAAAAUAAAGCAAUUGGAGACCCUCAUUGAUACAUUAAGGCGAGAAAAUUUUACUUUACGUGAGCAACAAUUAAAGCGUGACAAAGAACUGGCUCACCUCCAGAUGCGCGUUAAUAAAGCCGAAUUCGAACACCGAAAUAUUGACGGCCAAAUAAAAAAAUUAAAGGUGCGAAAGCCUACAGAUUGCUAA